AUUUGACAGCGUCUCCUAAUGAUACUAUUUCUAGUGUUUCAACACAAAGCGAAAUCGGAAAAGAAAUAGUCAGUAACACAUAUCACACUAAAGACCACUGGAUGGCUGUGUCGAUGCAUAAUGAUCAAAAACUUUGGAAAUGCGAUUAUUGCCAACUAAAGACAUAUUCAAUAAAUAUCAGUAGAAUACACUUAAAAGAACAUACUUUGAGCUGUUCUUUUUCUUCAAUAUGCAAGACUCAUGGCGAUGUGUUCAAGCAAAUAACAAAAGAAGAAAUGGAUAAAUCAAUAGUUGACUUGGUUGUUAGAACAGGAAUUUCUUUUAGCAUUUUUGAUAAUCCAUUAUUCUAUAAAAUGACUAGAAAUCUUCAUUAUGUUAUAAAUUCAUAUAAGGUCCCACAUUCGACUACAAUAUCACGACACCUUACCAGUGAUAUGUUUAAUAAAAGAUUCGAGUUUAUUAGGAAUAUACUAGCCAAGACUUUUGGACAGAUUUCACUAACAUGUGACGGGUGGCAUUCAACUGUUCAUAAAUGCCAAACAGCAGAGAAAAUAUUAUUAGUAAUAAAAGAUACCUUAGAAAAAUAUUCUAUUGAAAAUAAGAUAUUCGCACUUAUCAUAGAUAACACCACUACAAAUAAAGCAGUAACUCGGUUAUUUCAAAACAAGUUGCCGAAUAAAGAGUUGAUAUCGAUAG